AUGUCAGACAACAUACCGUUUGAACUCCAGGUGGAAAUCAUGAAAAGGCUUCCUGUGAAACCGCUGAUUCAAUUCCGAUCCGUUUCCAAAUCAUGGAAGUCUAUGAUCGAUAGUUCUCGUUUCAUUGCUGAUUAUAGCAGCCACGUGCAACAUCUAUUUGUAAGCUACGACAAUAAGGUUGGUCCUGAUGUUGAGCGGAAAUAUGUUUCAAUUCUUGAUAAUGAUAGUUUCCCUCAUCACAGAGUUUCCCCCACUCUCCCCCCACUGGUUAAUAACCUUAAAUAUCCUAUCAUAAUCGGCAGCUCUCAUGGCUUGUUGUGUUUGGAGAGUAUUUAUCAUGAUGGUCCCUUCCCUGGAAAGGAAGUGGCUGUGAUUUGGAACCCUUCAAUUAGAAAAGCAGUUGCUAUUGUUUUGUCUAAUUUGGGAGUAUAUCUAUCUGCAACCCUUUUAGGUUUCGGGGUUUGUGGUAAGACUUGUGAUCCUAAGAUUGUCAAGAUUAAACAUAUUGGUUGGAGGAAGGAUAUGGAAAGUAUACCUGAUAGCAUUCCACAAGUUGAGGUUUUCACGUUAAGCGCAGGGGCUUGGAGAACUCCAUAUGGUAACAAUCUACCUCGCACAUCAAUUAGAUUUCGUCAUUCUAGUGUAGUUAUAGAUGGCUUUCUGUAUUGGCUUGUUACGGAAAGAAUUACCGUGGAUGGUGGACUCGAGGAUUAUAACUUGAUUAUCUCAUUUGAUAUCACAAGUGAAGAAUUUAAAGAAGUAAAUCUUCCAGAUAGUUUAGCCCAUCUGGAUCAUAUGAAGUUGUCUAUGUCUAAGCUAGGGGAGUCUCUUGUUGUGAUUGAAGGCAAUGCAGAGGCCUAUAGUCCGGUUUCCGUUGUAUGGAUGAUGGAGGAUGGUUAG